UCUAGCGUUUCUUCUCUUUGUAACAGCAGAUCUGCAAACCAGUAAUUGUUUCUUCAACAUUUGCAAGAUCGAAGUCCAUCAAAACAAACAAAUGCAACCCUGUACAAAUCUCGGGGAUCGACGUAUUGAUUUCGAGAUCAAGUCAAACAUCGCCUUCGUCUUGAUCUCUAUAACAAACGGGCUAGAUAGCUAGCUAGCUAACUAACUAGCUAAUUAGCUGUGAAAGAUGAAUCUUGUGAUGACUAUUCACGCAAAGAGCUGAUGGGUUAUUGUUAGCUAGCCAGGCAAUUGUUUUCAUGUUAGACUACCUUUCGUUGGUGUUUAUUUUUUCAUUUAGCUUAGCUAGUAGAUAGCUAGCUGCUGUAGCUAGCCUGCUAGCAAGGUAGAUACAUAUUUCUACUGUUUUUAAUAUAGAUAUACUGCUAGCCAGCCAAAUACCCGCAGCUAGCUAGCUGGCUAGCUGCUUGCUAGAGAAGAAUGAGUAGAAAACACCAUCAUUUUAAAGGAGCAGAAGUUAGCUGCUGCGUAAAAUAUUUUUUGUUUGGAUUCAACAUUAUAUUUUGGUUGCUCGGGGCAGCGUUCCUUGGCAUUGGACUCUGGGCAUGGGCAGAAAAGGGAGUGCUGUCGAACAUCUCGUCGAUCACAGACCUGGGCGGGUUCGACCCCGUCUGGCUGUUCAUCGUGGUGGGCGGGGUCAUGUUCAUCCUGGGGUUCGCCGGCUGCAUCGGCGCUCUCCGGGAAAACACCGUUCUGCUCAAAUUCUUUUCUGUAUUUUUAGGUCUGAUUUUUUUCCUGGAGCUGACAGCCGGAAUCCUGGCAUUUGCCUUCAAAGACUGGAUCAAGGACCAGCUCAACUUCUUCAUUAAUAACAACGUCAAGGCAUAUCGAGACGACAUCGACCUGCAGAACCUCAUAGACUUUGCCCAAGAAUACUGGUUAUGUUGCGGUGCACACGGGCCAAAUGAUUGGAAUCUGAACAUCUACUUCAACUGCACCGAGCUCAACCCCAGCAGGGAGCGCUGUGGAGUCCCUUUCUCAUGCUGUGUCAAAGACCCGGCGGAAGAUGUGCUCAACACACAGUGUGGCUACGACGUACGCCUGCAAGGGGAACUGGACCAGCAGAAGUACAUUUACACCAAGGGCUGUGUGGGACAGUUUGAGAAGUGGCUUCAGGACAAUUUAAUCGUGGUCGCUGGGAUAUUUGUGGGCAUUGCACUAUUACAGAUAUUUGGGAUCUGUCUGGCUCAGAACCUGGUCAGUGACAUCAAAGCGGUGAAAGCCAACUGGUGACGUCCAGCUGCCGAGGGCCACCCAAAGUCCGGCUCCACACCCCACCCCCCACCCGCCCCCUCCGUCUCCUCAGUGACUGAACGCCGGACUGAUGCAUGGAGCGCCGUGUUUUUGACGCUGGAUUUAAGGAGGGGGGGGUGCUUACAUGUG